CUUCACCCUUCAUUCAACCAUCACGACCAUGUCUCUCAACAACUACGCCUCGAACUUUCCCUUCAACAUCGGAAGUCUCGCUCUUAAUGGCUUUAUCUCAACCCAUGGGGUAGUCAAUUUGCUGAAUAUCCCCUACGCAACAAUUCCCGCCCGAUUCAAAACCGCUACCUUGCUUGACCCUUCUGUCAUCCCCGGUAGACGGGAUGCCUCCCAUUACGGCCCGCGAUGUCCCCAGCCGCCAGACCCGCUCCACGGUCUGAUGAGCCAUAUGUUCGAAGACAUGUCCCUGUCCCAUCAAAGCGGUGAAUUAGACUGUCUUCAUCUCAAUGUAUAUGCGCCCCCCAGCGCCUUGUCACCACAGAAUCCCAAGGUUCCCGUAUUGGUCUGGAUUCAUGGCGGAUCAUUCAACACCGGCACCAACGCUACCGAGUUUGACGGCAACCAUCUAGUCAAGCGAUCCAUGGAUCUAGGCAAACCCAUAAUCGUGGUAACUAUUAACUAUCGCCUGAACAUCCUCGGCUUUCUAUCCUCCCACGAACUUAUCGAAGAAGCCAAAGAAUCCAACGAAAUUCCAAUCCUCAAUCAAGGGCUUAACGACCAAGCAAUUGCCCUGCAAUGGAUCCAACAAAACAUCUCACACUUCGGCGGCGACGCCUCACAAGUCACAGCCGCGGGCGAGUCCGCAGGUGCAGCAUCCAUCUUCUACCUACUCAAACACGGAGUCCCUCUAUUCUCAAAAGCCAUAAUCUGCUCCAGCCCACACCUCCUAUUCCGUAAACUCUCCGACGUCCAACCAAUCUUCAACCACCUUAUCCAAGCCAUCGGCAUCGACGCAUCCGCAUCCCACCAUACUAAACUCCAAGCCCUGAGAAGCUACAAAGCCGAAGAUCUCGUCGCUCUAAUCCCAUCAUUGCCCGUAUCUUUCCCCAUCGAGGAUCCCAACUGGUUUGUCGAUUGGGAUGCGGAGAAGAUAUCCUCGGGGCAAUACUGGGCGGAGUUACCGUCCUGGUGUCCGGAGAUAAUCAUCGGGCAUUUGAAAGAUGAAGCUGCGCUGUUUCUGAACCCGAAAUACCCGUCUGACCUCACGAAGGAAGAGGUCUUGAAUCAUAUACAGCAUAGUAUAUCAAAUCCCUGUCCCGCGGAGAUAGCCCUAUCCGUCAUGAAACCAGAUGUCGACACACCGUUGCGAUCCCUCCUCGCUCUCGCAACGCACACAUUGUUCAUAGCGCCUGAUAUUGAAUUCGCGACGCGGGUGGCGUCACAUCCCAAUCACAAGACAUAUCUCUACUCGAUCGAUAUUGUGGACAAUGUCCCCGGCCCGUUGGGCGGCUACGCGUGGCACUCGUUCGGCAAUGCGGUAUUUUUCUAUCAGCCUGCUUGUCAAGCGAAUCGGGAGUUAGGCGCAACCGCGGAUAAAAUGAGCGAUGCGUAUACUAGCUUUAUGUACGGGGAUAGAAACCCCGUCUGGGAAGAAUUUGGGAAGAACGGGCGCAUGCUGAGCUGGAACGGGAAGAGAACUGGUCUCGUUCAUGUAGGCUUCGACUGGAAGGAUCUGGUUCUAGAGCAGUUGAUUACAGAAGGUAGACAGGAUUGGAUUGAUGCGUAUAGACGGGAUGGAUGGAAGCUUUCUUUCCCAGUUCCUGGUGUUUGUCGGCGGAGAAUGACCUGAGGAGGGAAAGUAUGUAUCUUUUUGGUUAGGUAGUAUAUGCUUGUUGAAGGGUAGAAUAUUCCUGAUUUUGGCACACUAUGGUAUCAAAGAAGCAAGGCUUGAUAAUCUGGGGCAGGUCCAUGGGGAUGAAUCUAUUUGUUAUCUCCGGGCCACGCGUCUCCAGU